ACAAUGCGCCAGAGUUUCUUAACGGACCUUAUCAUGCUACCGUGCCAGAGAUGUCCAUUUUGGGUACGUCUGUCACUAAUGUAACAGCCACUGAUGCUGAUGACCCAGUUUAUGGAAACAGUGCAAAGUUGGUUUAUAGUAUCUUGGAAGGGCAGCCUUAUUUUUCCAUUGAGCCUGAGACAGCAAUUAUAAAAACUGCCCUUCCCAACAUGGACAGAGAAGCCAAGGAGGAAUACCUGGUUGUUAUUCAAGCCAAAGAUAUGGGUGGACACUCUGGUGGCCUAUCUGGGACCACAACACUUACAGUGACCCUUACCGACGUAAAUGACAAUCCUCCGAAAUUUGCCCAAAGUCUGUAUCACUUCUCAGUACCAGAAGAUGUGGUUCUUGGCACUGCAAUAGGGAGGGUAAAGGCCAAUGAUCAGGAUGUUGGUGAAAAUGCACAGUCAUCCUAUGACAUCAUCGAUGGAGAUGGAACAGCACUGUUUGAAAUCACUUCUGAUGCCCAGGCCCAGGAUGGCAUUAUAAGACUAAGAAAGCCUCUGGACUUUGAGACCAAAAAAUCCUAUACACUGAAGGUAGAGGCAGCCAAUGUCCAUGUUGACCCACGUUUCAGCGGCAGGGGGCCCUUUAAAGACACGGCAACAGUCAAAAUUGUUGUUGAGGAUGCUGACGAGCCUCCUGUCUUCUCUUCACCUACUUACCUCCUCGAAGUUCAUGAAAAUGCUGCUCUAAACUCCGUUAUUGGGCAAGUGACUGCUCGUGACCCUGACAUCACCUCCAGUCCUAUAAGGUUUUCCAUCGACCGGCACACUGACCUGGAGAGACAAUUCAACAUUAAUGCGGAUGAUGGAAAGAUAACACUGGCAACACCACUUGACAGAGAAUUAAGUGUAUGGCACAACAUAACAAUCAUUGCUACCGAAAUUAGGAACCACAGUCAGAUAUCACGAGUGCCUGUUGCUAUUAAAGUGCUGGAUGUCAAUGACAACGCCCCUGAAUUCGCAUCCGAAUAUGAGGCAUUUUUAUGUGAAAAUGGAAAACCCGGCCAAGUUAUUCAAACAGUGAGUGCCAUGGACAAAGAUGAUCCCAAAAAUGGACAUUAUUUCUUAUACAGUCUCCUUCCAGAAAUGGUCAACAAUCCGAAUUUUACCAUCAAGAAAAAUGAAGAUAAUUCCCUCAGCAUUUUGGCAAAGCAUAAUGGAUUCAACCGCCAGAAGCAAGAAGUCUAUCUUUUACCAAUCAUAAUCAGUGAUAGUGGGAAUCCUCCUCUGAGCAGCACUAGCACCCUGACCAUCCGGGUCUGUGGCUGCAGCAGUGAUGGUGUUGUCCAGUCUUGUAAUGUUGAAGCUUAUGUCCUUCCGAUUGGACUCAGUAUGGGCGCCUUAAUUGCCAUAUUAGCAUGCAUCAUUUUGCUGCUAGUCAUCGUGGUGCUGUUUGUAACUCUGCGGCGGCAUAAAAAUGAGCCGUUAAUUAUUAAAGAUGAUGAAGAUGUACGAGAAAACAUCAUACGUUAUGAUGAUGAAGGAGGAGGGGAGGAAGAUACAGAAGCUUUUGAUAUCGCAACUUUACAAAACCCAGAUGGAAUUAAUGGAUUUUUACCCCGUAAGGAUAUUAAACCAGAUUUGCAGUUUAUGCCAAGGCAAGGGCUUGCUCCUGUUCCGAAUGGUGUUGAUGUCGAUGAAUUCAUAAAUGUGCGGCUACAUGAGGCAGAUAAUGACCCAACUGCCCCGCCAUAUGACUCCAUUCAGAUUUAUGGCUAUGAAGGCCGAGGGUCGGUGGCUGGCUCCCUCAGCUCCUUGGAGUCCACCACCUCAGACUCAGACCAGAAUUUUGACUACCUCAGUGACUGGGGUCCCCGCUUUAAGAGACUGGGAGAACUCUACUCUGUUGGUGAAAGUGACAAAGAAACUUGACAGUGGAUUAUGAAUUAAUCAGUGGAACUGAGCAUUCUGUAAUAUUCUAGGGUCACACCCCUUAGAUACAACCAAUGUGGCUAUUUGUUUUAGAGGCAAGUUUAGCACCAAUCAUCUAUAAACUCAACUACAUUUCAAUGUUGAACCAAAAAUUAAUAAUAAAAAGUAUAUGUUAGGAGGUUAUAAAUCUUGUGGAGUGUGAAUUAAAAUAUGUGGAGUGUCUAGAAGUCUUUGGAUAUUUGAUAUUUACCUAGCCACCACAGACAAAGAUUGGGAUCCUGGCUAAUCCUUAGAGAGAUGGUUUAAAAAGAGGAAAAAAUCAAAAUUAAAAGGUGCUUUCUUAGAAAAAUGGACCUGCAAGAAAUGUGCUGCUGAUAUGUGUCUUCUGCAAGGAUUUUUAUAAAUGCAAAUGGUUUUUUCCCCUUCACCAAUAAGGAUUCCGCCACAAAUGAUAAAGCAAUACUUGGUCUGCUGUACGUGAUGACUUUCUGGAGUUUUGGGAGGCCUCCUAGAUUAUACGCCCUUCUCUCCCUGAUCCUCAUGGUGAUGCACAGAACGUCGUAGACUCCAAAAAAGGACAGCGCUAGAAGAUGUGAGCAUAUUCAAUUUGUAACACAAUCCUGCCAUUUAGGAGUAGAAAAUGUAUGAUAAAAAUCAAGUACUACACGCAGAUCAUUUUAAUUUUCUACUUUGCUUUAAUGCAAUAUUGUUUAUUUACUUCAUGUAUUGUAU